CUCCUUAGCUCCUCCUUUCUUCUGCUCUUCUUCUCUCCCUGCAUUCCUCUAAGGGUCGUGGAAGGAGGAGAGCUCACCAAAGAAGACGAAGAGAGGACCAGAAAAGAAGAACUCCAAUGUUAACAUAGUUGGCCUUCCAUAUUUGGUGAAUUGAGGCUCUCAACUCUUCCUCGCUUUCUCUGUGGAGAGCGAACAAAAGAAGAGAGUUGGUAUAUGGCUUCCUCCUCCGCAUCUUCUUCUUCUUCUCCUUCAACCUAUAGUCCACGGAACAGAUCAAGGUUCGGUGACACGACCUUCACCAAAGUCUUCGUUGGGGGACUGGCAUGGGAGACCCCGACGGAGGAGCUCCGCCGCUACUUCGAGCAGUUUGGUGAAAUCCUCGAGGCCGUGAUCAUUACCGACAAGAUCACCGGACGAUCCAAAGGCUAUGGCUUCGUGACGUUUCGGGAGUCGGAGUCGGCGACGAGGUCGGUAGCGGACCCCAACCCGGUGAUCGACGGCAGGCGAGCCAACUGCAACAUCGCCUCUGCGGGGAAGCCACGACCCUCUCCACGACAAGGUAUAAUGUUACGUCCAUCUCCCAGACAAUGGAAGAUCGAUGCACUUCUUCAUCAUUCUUGUCUCUGUGAGAGAAAGAAGUGUCUUCUUUCUCCGACUGAAUCCAUCUGCCGAAAGCGUAUUGACCAGCAAUAGUGAGUCCC